UAUAAGGGUGCCAAGAAACCCGGGUACGGACCUCACCCAGAACUGAUCGGAUUAUGGACUAUCCAUACCGGUGUUAGUCAGGUUGUCGAAUAUCCAUGUUAUACCCGACCCAUUAGCAGCACACCCAACCCCAAUCACCCCUGCGUCUCUCCUCGCUGUCGUUUCUUGUUCGCUGCUAGGGUUUCAAAUUGGUACUCUGGCGAUUCAUCGAUCGUGUGAACCAAAGUCCGACAAAAUCUGGACUAAGCGAGGACGAUCAAAGAGCUAAUCGACUCUGAUCGGAGCAAACUAUGGCGCACAGGUUGCUGAGAAACGUCGAAGCUGAUGGUUGGGAACGCUCGGACUUCCCAAUCAUAUGCGAGUCGUGCCUGGGCGACAAUCCCUACGUUCGAAUG